AAAUAAAAAAGGCACAAGCUGUAUCCGUGCACAAAGACAGUGCCUGAUGGAAAUGAAUCUGGAAUGAAUGCAUGAAAUACGAGUGAUUGUGAUGAUUAACUUGCUUUUCUCAUUCACGCACAUCUUUGUCUCUCCCCUUUACUUGACGAUCAACCCAAAUUGCGGAGAAGGUGAUCACAUCAAGAAUAAAAUCUCCGAUUUAUUACUUCUCUCUACCUUCAUCUUCAGCCCAUUCCGUUAUUUCUUGACAGUCUGCACAGACACUUUUUCGCAUUUUCAUCUUCCGGCUUCCUCUCAAAUCAUUUACGCCGCUCAAAGCGGAUUCCGAGAAAACGCAAAGAUCGUUGGCAAGCUAAUUUGACAAUUUAUUGGUUUGGAGCAAGUGUCAGUUGCUAAAGUUACUCAGAAGAAAGUUUAAAUCGUGGAGCACGAUACUGGAUAAAUAUGUCCCUCGUUUCUCAGG